GCGUAAGUGGGGCUGUGGUGGAAACCGAAGACCGACAAUGGCAACACGAGCGUACGUCGAGCAAAAAUGUUUCUAGUAUAUAAGCUAUUCCGAGAUGGUGAGAAGGCUAUCAGUUUCAUUUUGAAUCUUAUCCUUCCAACACUAUUUAUCAUGCUUCGCUUUGUUGCCCUCAUCGCCCUUGUGGCCUGUGCCGUCGCUGACAACGCCCCUUACCGCCCUGCCCCCUCUUACAAUGAGCCCAAGUACGACGAGGCCCCCAAGCCUUACUCUUUCCAAUACGGUGUCAACGACCAAUACUCUGGCUCCAACUUCAACGCUCAAGAGACCGCUGACGGCAAGGGUGUCCAAGGCUCCUACCAGGUUUACCUUCCCGACGGUCGUGUCCAGACUGUGACUUACACCGCUGAUCACUACAACGGUUAUAUCGCUGAUGUCAAGUACGAGGGUGAGCCCACCUACCCCAAGUACGAGCCUAAGCCCGCUCCCUACAAGCCCGCUCCUUACAAGCCCGCUCCCUACAAGCCUGCCCCUUACAAGCCCGCCCCUUCUUACUCCGCUUAAGAAGCCAGGACUAAGUGAAGACAGUGCCAUGGACUUGUCAGCAAUGGUCAAAAUAUUUAAUGCUUAUUAUUUAUUUUGAUGGCUCCUGGUGAAUUUGGAUUUCUUCUUAUUAUGUGCCGUGCAUCAUCCAGUUGAAUGAAGAACAACAUCUGAUUCACGAUUGUUUUUGCAGCUUCUUGUUGCCGAUUCAAAAUAAACAGAGAUUCAAAUUAUACCAUA